AAUCCUAAAGGCGCUGACGUAAAUGGCAAAUCCGAUCCAUAUGUCACGGUUACCAUGGGCAAGCACAAGAUAACUAAAACAAAAACAAUAGAAAACACCCUCGAUCCAGUCUGGGAUGAGGAGCCUAUCAAAUUUCCGCUGAAUGAAACAGAGGUCGAAGAUAUCUUGUUCAAAAUCAAAGACAGGGAUCUCGUAGGCUCAGACACGCUUGGUUUUGUGAGAAUUGUUCUGAAAGACUUGUUGGAGGGAAAGAAAAUCGACGGAUGGUUCCCGUUAUCGAAGAAGUCCACCAGCAAACCGGGCGCUGGUAGUCCUCUAGGGGAGAUCAAAAUUUCAGUACAAUUCGUCGGGGUAUAUUAGACCAAACGCGCGAAUGGCACCGUGAUGGGUGUAGCAGUUGAUAAUAGAGGAGUUACGAUAAAAACUGACGUUAUCGUCAGAGCGAUAAGAGAACAAUUUUCCCCUUGUAUCAUAGAGCUCGAUGAGAUCAUUGCCUUCAUAUUUUAAUGACUUCGAGAAGUUUUCUAGGCUGAGCCUCCUUGGAAUGGGGAGUAAAUGUAUUCCUUAAAUUCAAUCCGCCAUACUCGCGAACAAAGCUGUGCUGCAUGGUAAGAAUUUUUUCGUCAACUGAAUUCCAAAUUCAUGCGGACGUGUGGCCUACAUUUGUUCCCAUCAGCGUGCAUAUAGAUGGAAGUAGUGUUGUGCCGCUUCUAUAUGGGACAUACGACAUGGGUCACCAACGAUAACAGGCAAGACUCGAUUCAUAUAAAAGGCA